CCAUCUCCAGACACCCAAACCCAACCUCAAAAGCGACCUCUCCUCCAACGAACACGAUCAAACUCCCCUCGCCGAACCGAACAAUCCUCUCCAGUGAACAACAUGAACCGUCUCUUUGGCUCAAAGCCCACGGGCCCGAAGCCCACCCUCAACGGCGCCAUCACCAACCUCGACACGCGCAUCGCAUCCCUCGACACCAAAGUCAAGGCCCUCAACGGCGAACUGGCCGCCUACCAAGAGAAGCUAUCACGCAUGCGCGAAGGACCGGGGAAGCAGGCCAUCAAGCAAAAGGCGCUCAAGGUGCUCCAGCGGCGCAAGGCAUACGAGGGCGAGAAGGAGAACCUAGAGAGCCAGGUGUGGAACAUGGAGCAGGCGCAGAACAUGCAGGACAAUCUCAAGAACGUCAUGACGCAGGUCGACGCCAUGAAGACUACCAACAAGGAGCUGCGGAAGCAGUAUGGAAAGAUUGACAUUGACAAGAUUGAGAGGCUGCAGGAUGAGAUGGCCGAUCUGAUGGAUGUUGGUAACGAGAUUCAGGAUAGUCUGGCGAGGAGUUAUGACAUUCCUGACGAGGUGGAUGAGAGCGAGUUGGAUGCUGAGCUCGAGGCUUUGGGCAUGGAGGUUGAGCUGGAGCAAGAGAUGGGUGGUGCUGUGCCUGGUUUCCUGCAGGAUGAGGUCGUGCCAGAGUUUGUUGAUGAGCCUCCUCAGACGGAAGACAAGGUGAAGCAGGCUGCGGGUUGA